CAUUUUCAUUUCCCCUUCUGACAUUAUUAUUUAUUUCCAUGGUUUUUUCUUUCAAAAUUAAAAAAGUCUGAUGAUUUUUCCCUGCAAAAAUACUCUCUCUUUAGUCAAAAGCACAUUGGAUUUGGGACCCUCCACCAUCACUCUUCAUUUCCUAAUCACGGAUUCACCCAUUAUUAUAAUCCCACAACCCCCCAAAAUUCAACUGUUCGAACACGAAUCCCUGUCAAGUUUGUGAAUUAUCCAACUCUACAGCAAAAACCCAACUCCAUGAACUCACAAUUGAGAGGGAAAUUUUCGUUAAAAUUGGAAACAGGACGAUGAAAUGAGGUGCCAGUCUUCGAUUUCUCUGUUUUUAUACCAUCAAAUCCAAUUUUCUAGGAGACCCAUUUGCACAAACCACUGAAAAAUGCCCUCUAGACCUCUAGCUUCCAGCCCCGCCGCCGCCGCUGCCGGAGACUCGCCGCCGGUUUUCUUGUCCAGAACGAAGGUCUUGUUCUUGGCCCUUACCAUCUCCGCCUCCGUCGUCAUCUUCUUCUCCCUCCUCUAUUUCCUGUACCAUCUCUGGCAUUCCUUUGUCGACCGAGCCAAAACCCUUCCCUUCGAUUCCAGUGCUCCUCUCAAGCUCCAUCGAUUCUCUUACAGAGAACUCAAAAGGGCCACCAACCAUUUCGAUUCCGCCAACAUAAUCGGCAAGGGGGGCUCCGGGACUGUGUUCAGAGGAGUCUUGAGAGAUGGGAAAUCGAUCGCCAUUAAGCGAUUGGACUCGAUUUCUCUCGAAACAGAGAGAGAGUUCCAAAACGAAUUGCAGAUUCUUGGUGGGUUGAGAUCCCCAUUUUUGGUGACCCUUUUGGGGUACUGCGUCGAGAAGAACAAACGAGUCCUCGUUUAUGAGUAUAUGCCCAAUAGAAGCCUUCAGGAGUCGCUCUUCUCAGAUGGGUAUGGCGGAUUGUGCUGGGAAAGAAGGUUCGAGAUCAUUUUAGACGUUUCCAGAGCCUUGGAGUUUCUCCAUCUUGGGUGUGAUCCACCAGUCAUCCAUGGCGAUAUCAAGCCCAGUAAUGUGCUUCUUGAUUUGGAGCACAGGGCCAAGAUUUCGGACUUUGGGUUGUCGAGAAUCAAAGUUGAAGGCGAAUUUGGGGUUGAUUUGUUCAGCCAGGAGCUGUGGAAGAGCCAAGACUAUUCUGGGACUUUGGCUACUGAAACUCCAGCCAUUGGCACUCCAGUGGAGAGCAACACUGAGGUAGAUUUUGCUCUUGCUUUGCAGGCUUCUUCUUCUUCUAAAAACAGUAGAACCUGUUAUAAUGUUAAGGCCUUGAAUCUGAAUUCUCUGAGUUAUAAUGCCAAUAUUUCAAAUGAGGGGGAUGGGAAACAGGGGAGUGGGAAAGGGAAGGAGGUUUCCAGUUUGGAUGUUAAUGGAGAUGAUUGGAGUAAUCGUUUUGUUCCUUAUGACUGUGGGAUUGAACAUGGUAAGGAGUUGAAUUCUUCGGCUUCUUUGAGUGUUGUUGGGGAUGGAGGGAAUGGUAAACAAUGGGGGAAGGAUUGGUGGUGGCGACAGGACGGGAGCGGCGAGUUGUGUAGUAAAGAUUAUGUUAUGGAGUGGAUUGGAAGCCAGAUUUACCCAACAACAAACCCUGAUUGGGAUGAGGAGAGUAAGAACAACCCUGAGAAAACCAAUUGCAAUUGUUCUGUUCCAUUGGAGAAUUUGGAUGGCGUGAACGGUGGUUCGAAGUUGUUCGAAAAUUGUCCACCUGAGUUGGACUGUAAAGAGUCGAAAACUAGGAAUAACAAGAAGAAACAGAAGAAGAUGAGGGAAUGGUGGAAGGAGGAGAACUUUGCUGAGAUAAGCAGGAAAAGCAACAAGGCAAAGAAUGUAGAGGCCGCAGCCUGCAGCAAAUGGAACAAAAGCCUACAACUGCCUCAUUUCGGUUUGGGGAAACGGUUCUACUUCCUUCGACGAAAGCGCUCAGGACAGCAGAACUCGAACCAAUCCGACCCCAACGGCGAGUUCAGCUUCAGAAGGGGUUGGAAGAAGAAGAACAGCCAAUCCAUAGGCAGUGACAUGUGUAGUGGAGAUUUGUACAGCAGAGAACUCAGCAGCACAACCAGCAUGAGAGGGACUCUUUGUUAUGUAGCACCGGAAUAUGGUGGGUGUGGAUUUCUGAUGGAGAAGGCUGAUAUAUACAGUUUGGGAGUCCUAAUCCUCGUGAUAGUCUCAGGAAGAAGACCGUUGCACGUUCUGGCAUCGCCGAUGAAGCUCGAGAAGGCAAACCUUAUAAGCUGGUGCAGGCACUUGGCACAGUCGGGGAACAUCUUGGAGCUCGUGGACGAGCGGUUGAAAGAUGAGUACAACAAGGAGCAAGCAAGUUUAUGCAUAAACUUGGCUUUAAUUUGUUUGCAGAAGAUGCCAGAAAUGAGGCCAGAAAUAGGAGAGAUUGUGAAGAUUUUGAAAGGAGAAAUGGAGCUUCCACAAAUCCCAUUUGAGUUUUCUCCUUCUCCACCUUCAAAAUGGUUCAGCAGAUCAAGAAGAAAACAGAAACUCAAUACUGAGUAGAGCCUCUGUUUUUUUUUUCUUUUUAAUAAUCAUGAGUCCGAGCUUUGCUCCCCUAUAUCCAGGGGCACUCGCGCCCACUCCAAAGUUUGGACUCGGGAGACUCAAGGAUUUUUGGUAUUAAGCUCCCCAGAAUGUUCGAAUCUUAGACCUCUAAGCCAAUAUGAUUAUGAGAACUUAAGCCCUUGUCAACUGAA